AUGAAGAACGCAGUAGUAUUCAUCCUUGUAGCCGUCGCGUGCUGUCAAUUAGUUGCAGCAAGCUUAAAAAACGAGAAAUCAUCAAUAUCAGACGGUUGGCAGAAGGGCGGUUCGCGCCUAGAUGAUGGCAAACAACGGGACAUUUCCUGUGAGGAAGAUGGCGGCAGCAUUGGGGAGAUUGGUGGAACGAAAGGAUCAGGCUGGGAUAACAUUGGGAACGGCAAUGUAGGAGGCCUAGAUGGUUUGGACGGCGCUGUAGGAAGCCUAGGUGGCUGGGGCAGUGAUUCAAAGGGCCUAGGUGGCUUGGACGACGCUGUAGGAAGCCUAGGUGGCUGGGGCGGUGAUUCAAAAGGCCUAGGUGGCUUGGGCGGCGGUUCAAAAGGCCUAGGUGGCUGGGGCGGUGCUGUAGGAAGUCUAGGUGGCUGGGGCGGUGAUUCAAAAGGCCUAGGUGGCUUGAGCAGUGGUUCAAAAGGCUUAGGUGGCUUGAGCAGUGGUUCAAAAGGCCUAGGCGGCUUGGACGGUGCUGUAGGAAGCCUAGGUGGCUGGGGAGGUGAUUCAAAAGGCCUAGGUGGCUGGAGCGAUGGUUCAAAAGGCCUAGGCGGCUUGGACGGUGCUGUAGGAAGCCUAGGUGGCUGGGGUGGUGAUUCAAAAGGCCUAGGUGGCUGGAGCGAUGGUUCAAAAGGCCUAGGCGGCUUGGACGGUGCUGUAGGAAGCCUAGGUGGCUGGGGCGGUGAUUCAAAAGGCCUAGGUGGCUGGAGCGAUGGUUCAAAAGGCCUAGGCGGCUUGGACGGUGCUGUAGGAAGCCUAGGUGGCUGGGGCGGUGAUUCAAAAGGCCUAGGUGGCUUGGGCGGCGGUUCAAAAGGCCUAGGUGGCUUGGACAAGACACGUGGCAAGUCAGUGGGAAGCAGUCUGAGAGAAACGAAGAACUCGGGAAUUGGUUUGAGCUCGAGCAAAUCAUUGUCAGUGACAGAAUCCAAGAAAAGCGAUGGUCAUUCAUGGAAUUGA